AUGAAAGUGGAUGAGAUAUACGAAGAACAAUACUCGAUAAAGGUAAAUGAUGAUGGAAUUAAUACAAUCAUAGAAGAGUGGAGAAAUAAAGAUAACGUCGUUUAUAGGGAGGUAUGCCAAUUAGUUGAAAGUUUAAAUUUGCAAGAGUUUAAAGUGCAUGAUGAAAAUGGCCUGAAUGAACGAGCUGACGGCAUUAUAGCUUCAGAGGAGGGACAAUUAGAUCAAGUGGAUGAUCAAAUAGUAGAAGAGAAUAUUGUAGAAGUGGUACCUCUGUUGCAAGAGGUAUCUACCGAUAAUCGGCAAUCAUUACAUUUCCCCAAAAUAGAUCUACCUAAACUAACUAGUACUCAAAGAAGGAUGUCCUUAGACCUCAUGCAUACAAUUCCUAUGAUUUCAAACGAAAUGUCCACUCAAAUACCACAGUUGGCCAAGAAAAAACAAAAUUUGAGUAAACCAGCAUCAACAACCACAACAAACAUCAAUGUUACAACUAAAACAGAUAUAAAUACUAAAGUAAGUCAAAAAAAAGCAGCCGUCUCGAAUCGUAAUCGGUUCCAAGACUUUCUGCGUAAAAUUAAGCUGAAAAUUACUAGAAAUGUAAGUGAUGCUGCUUCGUCUCCUAUGAGCCCCCUAGUUGUUCAGCUCGACGAUACUUUAAGAGGUAAGUCUGAAAAUCUAAUGGUUGGUACUCAAAAUUUUCAAGCCAAACAAGUAAAAAAUAAAGACCAUUAUAAGUCUUCUGAAGUGAAGACAGUAAGAAGACUUUCAUUGGUUGGGGAAAAUUUGCCGUUGUAUAUUAGGCAACAGUUAGAAGCAAGCAAUACUGCCGCCAACCCGAUUCUUCAAAAUUCAUCCUAUCAAGCAGAUUAUACAUCUUCUACGUCUCUAUCAAAACGUCAAUCAAGGAUGCAUAAUAUUUUAGAAAAUUCUCAGUCUUUAUACUCCCAAUCAAAGGAUUUAUCUUUGAUAGAAUCAGGAACAAAUCAGGAUGACGAUACAAUGCCAAAUACAAGUGAAAUUGAACGAAUUAACGAAAAUAACGACGAGACUGAAAAUGGCUCAGAUGAUGAUAAAGAAUAUAUACUGCCCGAUCUGUUGGCUCGAUAUUAUGGUAGUGAUGCUAAUGAAGAAGAUUUAAUUACUAAUAUCAAUGAAAUAGAAGAUGCUUUUGACUUUAUCAACGUCAGAAGCUAUGAUGCAUAUGACCAGGAAGGAGACGACGAGGGAGAAGACGAGGGAGAAGACGAAGAAGUGGAAUAUAACGAAGAUGAUGAAUACCUUUUUAAAAUAUAA